GUCUCGACACCUCUGUUCAUUUCCUGGUUUGAAGCAACAGGGUGGUGCGGGCUAUUAACUGUGCCGCGCAAAGUGCGGGACUUGAACACCUACCUUCAGCUGCUGCCAAUCCAAGCAUGAGCGAGCAGCUGCCGGUCUGAAGAAGCGCGCGGCACGGGUGGCCGGGGACAAGUUUGUGAUCGCUCCAACUUUGUGCCUCACCUGCAGAGCCAACAUGUCGGAUUCUGCGUCCAGUUUCCUACACAUCGGAGACCUGGUGUCCCUGUACGCCGAGGGCACCGUCAAUGGCUUCAUCAGCACCCUGGGGUUGGUGGAUGAUCGCUGUGUGGUGGAACCAGCUGCUGGAGAUUUGGAGAACCCCCCCAAGAAGUUCAGAGACUGCCUGUUCAAGGUGUGUCCGAUGAGUCGCUACUCGGCACAGAAGCAGUUCUGGAAGGCCAAACAGGCCAAACAUGAGAAAGACAAGAUUGGUGACGUGGUUCUGCUGCAGAAACUUCAGCAUGCAUCCAACUUGGAGCAGAAGCAGAACGAGACAGAGAACAAGAAGGUUCAUGGAGAUGUGGUCAAGUACGGAACUGUCAUCCAGCUGCUGCACAUGAAGAGCAACAAGUACCUGACGGUAAACAAGCGUUUGCCGGCGCUUCUGGAGAAGAACGCCAUGCGCGUCACGCUGGAUGGGACCGGCAAUGAAGGAUCCUGGCUCUUUAUACAACCUUUCUGGAAGCUGCGUGCCAAUGGAGACAAUGUCGUGGUGGGAGACAAAGUGAUCUUGAACCCGGUCAACGCGGGCCAGCCACUUCACGCGUCAAACUACGAGCUGAGCGACCACACGGGCUGUAAGGAGGUCAACUCUGUCAACUGCAACACCAGCUGGAAGAUCAACUUAUUCAUGAUGUUCAGUGACCACAGGGACGAAGUGCUUAAAGGCGGCGAUGUGGUGCGUUUGUUUCACGCUGAGCAGGAAAAAUUUCUGACGUGCGACGAGUACAAGAGCAAACUUCACGUUUUCCUGCGCACGACGUUGAGACAGUCGGCCACAUCGGCUACCAGCUCCAACGCUCUGUGGGAAGUUGAGGUUGUCCAUCAUGACCCAUGCCGUGGAGGGGCGGGACACUGGAACAGCUUGUACCGCUUCAAGCACCUUGCCACUGGAAAUUAUCUGGCAGCGGAGGAGAAUCCCGGUUACCGAGGCGACAGUGCAGAGAUUUCCUCCUUGAUGGAAGGCAGUCGCAGCAGCAAGCGUUCGCAUGGUGAAAGGAUCAAGUACAAGCUGGUGGCCAUGGCGCAUGGCAACGACAUUGCCUCGCUCUUCGAGUUGGACCCCACCACGCUACAGAAGACUGAUUCCUUCGUUCCGCGGAAUUCGUUUGUCCGCUUGAGGCACCUCUGCACCAACACAUGGAUCCAAAGCACCAACGUCCCCAUCGAUGUUGAUGAGGAGAGACCCAUCAGACUCAUGUUAGGAACAUGUCCCACCAAAGAGGACAAGGAAGCCUUCGCCAUCGUCUCGGUUCCCGUGAUGGAGAUUCGGGAUCUAGACUUUGCCAACGAUGCAAGCGCCAUGUUGAGCACGGUGGUAGAUCAGUUCAGUCGGGGUUUCAUCAGCCAGAACGACCGCCGCUUUGCCAUCAAGCUGCUAGAGGACGUAGUCUUCUUCGUGGCAGACACCGUCAACAGCGGGCAGCCAGUGUUGGACGUCACCAUGACCAAAGCCAACCGUGAGAGGCAGAAGCUGAUGAGGGAGCAGAACAUCCUCAAGCAGAUCUUUGGUAUCCUCAAGGUUCCUUUCAAGGACCGCAGUGGAGCGGAGGGGCCUCUGCUACGUCUGGAGGAGCUGGCUGACCAGAAGAACUCUCCCUACCAGUACAUGUUCCGACUCUGCUACCGCGUCCUGCGACAUUCCCAGGAGGACUACCGCAAGAACCAGGAGCACAUCGCCAAGCAGUUCGGCCUGAUGCAGGGUCAGAUCGGCUACGACAUUCUUGCAGAGGACACCAUCACCGCACUACUGCACAACAACCGCAAGCUGCUGGAGAAGCACAUCACCAAGACUGAGGUGGAGACUUUCGUCAGCCUAGUUCGCAAGAACCGCGAGCCCCGGUUUCUGGACUACCUGUCGGACUUGUGUGUAUCCAACAACGUGGCCAUCCCCGUCACUCAGGAACUCAUCUGCAAGUGUGUGCUUGAUCCCAAAAACCAGGACAUCCUUAUCAAGACUGAUCGGCGGGUGCCUAAAGAGGCGGCCCCUGGUGAAAUCCCCACACAGUAUAUGGGAAUGGACGACUAUGCAGAUGAAGACGAGGUAUGGCUGGUGUGGGCCGACAAAACCAAAGAGAAGCAGGAGAAGAGCAUAAGGCAGCUCGCUCAGGAGGCCCGACAAGGCAACGCCCAUGACGAAAACGUUCUUACCUACUACAGGUAUCAACUGAAGCUUUUCGCCAGAAUGUGUUUGGACCGCCAAUAUCUGGCCAUUGAUGAGAUCUCCAAGCAGCUGGAUGUGGAGCUCAUCUUCCUGUGCAUGAUGGAUGAGACACUUCCCUUCGACCUGCGUGCGUCCUUCUGUCGCCUGAUGCUGCAUGCCCACGUGGAUCGAGACCCGCAGGAACUGGUCACGCCUGUCAAGUUUGCCCGACUCUGGACUGAGAUCCCCACCUCCAUCACUAUCAAGGAUUACGACUCCAAUAUGGAUGACAGCAGAGACAACAAGAAGAACCGCUUUGCUAACACCAUGGUCUUCAUGGAGGAGUAUCUCAACAACGUUUUGAAUGAGGAGCUGCCAUUUCACAAUGAGGAGAAGAACAAGCUGACCUACGAGGUGGUGAGUUUGGCCCGACAUCUCAUCUACUUCGGCUUCUAUAGCUUCUUUGAGCUGCUGCGACUCACCAGAACGCUGCUGGGCAUCAUUGACUGUGGGCCCAACCCUUCACAUGGCUCUGCACUGUUCCAUGAUGACGGAACAGGGAAAAACGUGAAACGCUCCAUUCAUGGCAUGGGCCAGAUGAUGACAACCAUGGUCCUCAAUAGGAAGCAGUCCUUAUUUGGUGGGGUGGGGGGCCGAGGGCCAGGGCUUGUGCUUGAUGGACAAAGAGUGGCUAAAAACAGCAUCGACAAGAUGGGCCUGACAGUAAUGGACACAAAGCUGAAGAUUCUGGAAAUCCUGCAGUUCAUCCUGAAUGUGCGUCUGGACUACCGUCUGUCCUUCCUGCUGUCCGUCUUCAAGAAGGAAUUUGUGGAUGUCUACCCGCUGGCCGAUGCUGAUGCCACCACCAGUUUGGAGCACGCAGCCACCAUCAACCUACAGCACAUUGGAGAGCAGGCAGAGGCCAUGUUUGGAGUCGGGAAGGGGAACAGCAUUUUGGAGGUGGAUGACGAAGGCGGCCGCAUGUUCCUGCGCGUCCUGAUCCACCUCACCAUGCACGAGUAUCCGCCGCUGGUGUCCGGAGCUUUGCAGCUGCUCUUCAGACAUUUCAGCCAGAGGCAGGAAGUGCUGCACACCUUCAAGCAGGUCCAGCUACUCAUCUCGGCUCAGGAUGUGGAGAAUUACAAGCUGAUCAAAUUGGAUCUGGACUGUCUGAGGACGUUGGUGGAGAAGUCUGAGCUGUGGGUGGAGAAGAAGACGUCCGGAGGUGGAGAUGGAAAGAAGGAAAAGAAAGAUAAGAAAGAGAAAGUGGAGGGGGCAGCGGAGGAUGCCACACCCAAGAAGGACAAAGGGGAGAAGAACGAGAACUAUCAGAACGAGAACUAUCAGAACGUCAAAGAGGUCAGAAAGCUUCUCCGCGUUGUGAUGUGUCAAUCACUCAGUGUGGACGGGGUUUUUGUGUUCAGUGUGUUUUGCUGGCAAUAUGCUUGUUUUUAUUGUUGUGUCCUAACGCUGCGACUAUUGAGGGUCUGUUUGAAACCUUUCUUCUGCUUCAAAACUCUCAAAUCACGUUUCCACUACAAAAUACCAGCUCCACGCAGCUGUACUUUCCUUAACGAUGUGAAGAUGCAAGAGAUUAUCAGAUAUACUCACCUGUUCUUGCAAAAAUUCUGCAUGGGCAACCAGGAGAACCAAGCUCUGUUGCACAAGAACCUCAGUCUCUUCCUGAAUCCAGGGCUGCUAGAUGCAGAGACUGUGCAGCACAUCUUCAGCAACAAUUACCAGUUAUGCACGGAGAUCUCGGAGAGUGUGCUGCAGCACUUCAUCCACUGCUUGGCCACGCACGGACGUCACGUGCACUACCUCAACUUCCUGCACACCAUCAUCAAAGCUGAGGGCAAGUAUGUCAAGAAGUGCCAGGAUAUGAUCAUGACAGAGCUGACCAAUGCUGGCGAGGACGUAGUUGUCUUCUACAAUGACAAGGCCUCCUUCAACGUUAUGCUGGAGCUGAUGGCUGAAAGCAGGGAGGGCAUUGGUGAAAACAGCCCGCUCAGGUACCACAUCUCGCUGGUGGAGCUGCUGUCAGCAUGUGCUGAGGGCAAGAAUGUCUACACGGAGAUCAAGUGCACGUCACUGCUGCCACUGGAGGAUGUUGUCCGCGUAGUGACGCAUGAGGACUGCAUCACAGAGGUGAAAGUCGCUUACGUCAACUUCGUCAAUCACUGCUACGUGGACACGGAGGUGGAGAUGAAGGAGAUCUACACGUCCAACCACAUCUGGAAGCUCUUUGAGGACUUUACAGUGGACAUGGCCCGAGUGUGCAACAAGCGGGACAAGCGACUUUCCGAUCCCGUCUUGGAGAAGUACAUCAUCAACGUUGUCUUUGACACCAUCAAUGCCUUUUUCAGCUCGCCCUUCUCCGAGAACAGCACCUCGCUGCAGAGUCAUCACACGAUCGUCACACAGCUGCUGCAGUCAUCCGUGCGCCUGCUGGAUUGUCCCUGGUUGCAGCAGCAGCAUCGAAGCCAGGUGGAGACCUGCAUCAAGACCCUUGCAGUCACAGCCAAGAGUCGCUCCAUCGCUCUCCCUCUGGACCUCGAGGCUCAGAUUAGCGCCAUGUUGUCCACCAGCGCUCUUAACUCACUGUCGCGCUCCAACACCAGCUACAAGUCGGCAUCGCGCUCAACGCGGCCGGUUGCCCCCAGCAACCCCUGGGACUACAAGAAUAUCAUCGAAAAACUGCAGGAUGUCAUCAAUACGCUGGAGGAGCGCCUCAAACCACUCGUCAAUGCCGAGCUCUCUGUCCUGGUCGACGUUCUCCACCAGCCAGAGCUUCUCUUUCUGGAGGGAACGGACGCACGCCAGCGCUGCGAGUCAGGCGGAUUCAUCUCCAAGCUGAUUCAGCACACAAAGGCUCUGAUGUCCACAGAGGAGAAGUUGUGUAUCAAAGUUCUAAGGACACUCCAGGAGAUGUUGAUCAGAACACUGGACUUUGAUGAAAAGGGAAUUUCAUUGCGGAAAGUUCUGUUGCAGAACUACUUGUUUCCAAACAAGAAGAACAACCCGAAGAAUGACCUGGCAGAACUUGGAGUGUCAGGCGGUGAGCCAGAGCGUGACUGGGCGGCGGUGGCGGCGGUUCAGUGUCGUCUGGACCGAGAAGGCGGGAGCAAACUUUUUACGGACCUAGUGAUGAGCACCAAGAACGACAAGAUCUUCCAGGAGAGCAUCCAGAUGGCCAUUUGUCUGCUGGAGGGAGGCAACACGGAGAUACAGAACUCAUUCUACAAGCUGAUGAUGGGGGACAACAAGUCGGAGAAGUUCUUCAAAGUUCUCCAUGACAGGAUGAAAGAGGCACAGAUGGACAUCAAAGCCACCGUGUCGGUUAAUGUUGGCGAGAUGUCGCACAAAGCCAAUGAGAAGGAGCUGAACAACGGUUCCUCUUCACCGCUUGGACUUCCUGCCACAGACGGACAUUCCUUAUUCGUCCAGGCCCAAGGAGGGGGCCCCUCCUCCAUACAGUCGAUAGCGGAGCAGAAGGAGGUUGAGACUGAGAUGGGCCCGGCCGUCCUGAUCAUGAAGCCCAUCUUGAGGUUCCUUCAGCUUCUGUGCGAGAACCACAACCAGGAUCUGCAAAACUUCCUGCGCUGCCAGAAUAACAAGACCAACUACAACUUAGUAUGCGAGACGCUCCAGUUCUUGGACAUCAUGUGUGGUAGCACCACGGGCGGUCUGGGCCUGCUGGGCCUCUACAUCAAUGAGUCAAACGUCCACCUCAUUACGCAGACCCUGGAGACCCUCACGGAGUACUGUCAGGGACCGUGUCAGGAGAACCAGACAUGCAUUGUGACGCACGAAUGCAACGGCAUCGACAUCAUCACGGCCCUCAUACUCAACGACAUCAGCCCCCUCUGCCGUUACCAGAUGGAGAUGGUGCUGCAGCUCAAGGAUAAUGCCUCCAAGCUGCUGCUGGCGCUAAUGGAAAGUCGUCAUGACAGUGAGAACGCAGAGAGGAUCCUAUUCAACCUCCGCCCCCGAGAACUGGUGGAUGUGAUCAAAAAGGCCUACCAUCAGGAGAGUGAGUGUGACGGUGGGGAGGUGUCACCCCGUGAGGUGGGACACAAUAUCUAUAUCUUGGCCCAGCAGCUGGCCCGACACAACAAGGUGUUGCAGAACCUUCUGAAACCUCCAAAGAAGACCAAAGAGGGCGAGGAAGGGAUCUCCUCCAUGUUAAACUUGAACAAUCGUCCGCUGUCGCAAAUGUUGAAGUCGUCAAUACCGACAGCCAUUGUGGAGCAAGACCCGCUGGAGUACUAUGACCUUCACACUUCUCAAAUAGAGAUUGUACGUGAUGAUCGCAGCAUGGAGCAGAUCGUGUUUCCCGUCCAUCCCAUCUGUGAGUUCCUAACAGAGGAGUCCAAGGUGCGUGUCUUCAACACAACAGAGCAGGAUGAGCAAGGCUCCAAGGUGACGCACUUCUUCGAGCAGACAUCCUUCCUGCACGGAGAGAUGGAGUGGCAAAAGAAGCUGCGAAGCAUGCCAGUGCUGUACUGGUUCUCCAGGAGGAUGACAUUGUGGGGGACCAUCUCCUUCAACCUGGCUGUCUUCAUCAACCUCAUAAUCGCCUUCUUCUACCCGUACAACUCAGGACAAGUGGGAGCCAUCGAUGACUCUCUGCUACUGAUGUUGUUUUGGGUUCUGAUCGGGCUCUCCGUGCUGGCCUUGCUCUCCCAGCGCUACGGCCUCCAGCCGCUGACUUUGGCGCUAAUCUUAAGGUCCAUCUACCACCUGGGUAUCGGGAACACGCUCAUCCUUCUGGGCACGCUCAAUCUGAUCAACAAGGUGGUGUUUGUGGUGAGCUUUGUGGGCAACAACGGGACGUUCAUCAUGGGUUACAAGGCCAUGGUGAUGGAUGUGGAGUUCCUGUACCAUCUGGCCUACGUGCUCACCUCCACACUGGGCCUCUUUGUGCACGAACUGUUCUACAGCAUCCUGCUCUUUGAUCUGAUUUACCGUGAGGAGACACUGUUCAAUGUGAUCAAAAGUGUGACACGCAAUGGACGCUCAAUACUGUUGACUGCACUGCUCGCCCUCAUCCUUGUCUACCUCUUCUCCAUCGUGGGCUUCCUGUGCCUCAAGGACGACUUCAUCAUGGAGGUUGACCCACUGCCUCAGAUUGCCCCAGUUCCUCAGCAGAGCGACACCACGCAGGACUUCCUCAAGUCAUGUUCCACAGAUGGAAUCCACUGUAUGGUAGCGGGCGAUGUUGAGACUAAGAGCGAGUACAGUGAUGAGUCGAGCAGUGAGCGCGCCUGUGACACGCUGCUGAUGUGCAUCGUAACUGUUCUGAAUCAUGGCCUGAGAAACGGUGGCGGCGUGGGUGAUGUCCUACGCCAGCCCUCCAAGAACGAGCCCCUGUUUCCUGCCCGCGUGGUUUAUGACUUGUUGUUCUACUUCAUUGUCAUCAUCAUUGUCCUCAACCUCAUCUUCGGUGUCAUCAUCGACACCUUUGCUGACCUGAGGAGUGAGAAGCAGAAGAAGGAGGAGAUCCUGAAGACCACCUGUUUCAUCUGCUGUCUGGAGCGAGACAAGUUUGACAACAAGACGGUGUCGUUCGAGGAACACAUCAAGCUGGAGCACAACAUCUGGAACUACUUGUACUUUAUUGUUCUGGUGCGCGAGAAGAACAAGACCGACUACACGGGGCCUGAGAGCUACGUGGCCAUGAUGAUCAAGAACAACAACCUGGACUGGUUCCCCCGCAUGCAAGCCAUGUCGCUUGUGGUCACGGACAGUGACGGCGAGCAGAACGAGAUGAGGAUGCUGCAGGACAAGCUUGACUCCACCAUGAAAGUGGUGCUGACGCUCACCACACAGCUUACAGAGCUCAAAGAGCAGAUGACAGAGCAAAGGAAGAGGAGGCAGAGGAUGGGUUUUGUGGACGUCCAGCAGGGUGGCAGUUCUUCAUUUCCUCCCAGCGCUGCCGGAGGGAACCACCAGCAGAUAUGAAAAAAAAAUACAUAAAUAAGAAUCAACAAACAAAAAUAAAAUUAACAUGAAUAAGUCAAGGUAAACACUGACAAAGAAAGCAGCAGAAGACAAGACUACUAAAACUCCUGAAUACUGAAAUAUUUUUAAGUAUAUUUUCUUUCGUAUCUUAAUAUUUGUGCUUUUAACACUCAUUAACUACACUGAGAUGCUUUUAUCCUCAUUUAUGACCUUGUCAUUGAUGUCAAUGAUAUGCAAUAAAUAUUAGAAAUCCAUCCAUUUUCCGUACCGCUUCUCCUCACGAGGGUCGCGGGCGUGCUGGACUGGGAAGAGUUGCGGGAGAUGCGCUUUCUGGUGUAGUUGGGAUUGUACUGAGUGUAUGGCUCACCGUAGCAGGUCAAAUUUGUGAUGUAGGUGUGAAGUGAGGAUGUACGGCGAGCAAAUGCAUAAAGCUGGGAUUCCUGUUUAUGUAAAUUUAAACACAAAAAUGCACCAAUCUCUACUUUAGUAGAUCGCACGUUGGACUUACAUUCCGUGGAACGCAAUUUAGGCAGGCUGGUCACUCUCCCGGAUGCUUGGCCGGUCUGGUCGAGGAUUGGUGGUUUUGAUGGGAAAAGGAGGAAGGAAAAAAAAGAAAGAACGACAAAAAGUUUCAAGUGCAGGGCAGCCGAAGCUCGUGAGUGGUGCUGGUCGCCAGGCGUUCAGAGCAGACCUUCGCCGCCCAUUCCUUCCCAACUGAGCUUUUUCCGUAAGCUGCCCAAGCACCCGCAAGGGGAGCCUGGGGCCCUGGCAGGGUGCCCUUCGGCGCUGAAAGGUCAGGUGCGUCCUCGCCACCUCAUGGUGAGAGGUGGGGCUUCCUGGCUGAGCCAGGUUCUUCGGCAAGGUGAACGAGCGAGCGAGAGGACAAAGGAGCUUCGGCCUUUUAUGAACAGACACGGAGACCAAAAGGGAGAUAGAGCGUGCCUCUUAGUACUACUUUUUUCACAACUAGGAUUAUUUGUGGUUUUACUCGGAUGGGAAUAAAAGAUUAAUUAUUGGAUCUAAAAUAAGGAAACCGGUUUCCAGCUUUGCAUUGUUACGCACACCUUGUUUAAUCCAUGUAAUGAGUGUUUCAAUUUUAUGUCGGUGCUGAGAGCAUUUAGUAUUUGCAAUGUGGCAUUUGUGUUGUGUGUGGUGAAAGAGAGAGUAGUGGUAGACACUGAGGGGCAUUCAUGCAAGGUUCUUAAAACAUUAAAGCAGAAAUAUUCGGUGAGAACAUGUUGCAGUAUCUCUCAAUCAUAGAGUGCAGUAACUCCCCACUGCCUGCGGGUGUCGCUUGUGAUCCACCAAUUGUCCCAGACCAGAAAAGCCAAAUGGUCUUUUGUUAAUCAUGUGGAACCACUUCGCACAGCCGGUUGUUCAUCGUCUUGGUUCUCAUUCAGUGUGCAGGGAAAGGUCUUUGCUGGUGAGGCCCUUCAGACUGGCUGGGGGGUGAGUGUUAAUUAACUUGGCGUCCGAGUGAGAAACCAGUUCUCCUGUGUCUCUCGUUUGAUAAGAUUCUUCUGACUGGCUGGUAAUUCAUUUAGCGUCCGGGUGAGAUAAAUUAGGCAUCCUUGUGGCUGUCUGUUUCAGCGGGAUGACUGAGGUGGGUAUACAGGGCUGUCAGAGAUUUGGGGUUCCUGGGUGACAUUUGUUCCGGCAAGGCAUACUCGCCAAACCAUAAAAGUAAUUAACAGAAUCGGUGACAAAGGGCAGCCUUGGCAGAGUCCAACGCUCACCGGAAACGCAUCCGACUCACUGCCGGUACUGCAAACCAAACUCUGACACUGGUUGUACAGGAACCGAACAGCCCGUAUCAGGGGGUUCGGUACCCCAUACUGCCGAAUCACACCCCCACACCUUAGGGCCACAGCUCCGGUCGGCCGCCUCACCAAUGGAGGUGCAGAACAGGGUCCACUCAAGGUCCCCCGCCUCUCCCGGGACAUGAGCAAAGUUCUGUAGGAGGUGGGAGUUGAAACUCCUUCUGACAAGGGAUUCUGCUAGAUGUUCCCAGCAGACUCUCAAAAUAUGUUUGGGCCUGCCAGGUCGGACCGGCAUCUUCCCCCACCAUCGGCACCAACUCACCACCAGGUGGUAAGCAGUUGAUGGCUCCGUCCCUCUCUUUACCUGAGUGUCCAAGACAUGCGGCCGCAAAUCCAAUGACACAACCACAAAGUCGAUCAUCGAACUGUGACCAGGGGUGUCCUGGUGCCAAGUGCACAUACGGACACUCUUAUGCUUGAACAUGGUGUUCAUUAUGGACAAUCCGUGAUUAGCACAGAAGUCCAGUAAGUAUAAGUAUACCCACACCUUCUCGGUGGCGCCGCUCAACGUGGGCAACUCCAGAGUGGAAGAGAGUCCAACCCCUCUCAAGACGACUGGUAGCAGAGCCCAAGCCAUGUGGGGAGGAGACUAGAUGUAGUCGGAACGGGCUAUCCCCUUAAAAUACUGGCAUUCCAUUUUCCCAUUGCUGCCACCCAUUCAGUCCACACUAGUAGACAGCGGGAGCUUUCACCCUACAAGUUCAAAAACAUGAGGCAAAAUGUGUUGCUUGAAUGGUCUUUUUUUUCAUGAGUAAUUAAAACAAAAACAGGAGUUUUGUCCUUAAUGUGCAAACAAAAACACAACACAGUAUGACAGCAACGAUGGUUAAAGGCCAUUGAUAACAUUGCAUUCCUCGACUACUCGACAACUGUAUUCACAAAAUAUUUUUUUAUCUAUUCUUAUUUUUCAAAACUAAAUUUCAAAUCAUGACAGUUUGAUCCUUCAGAGUUUUAACUAAAACAUUUGACAGAAAUAAUAAUUUUCCUAGUCAUCAAUUUUUACAAUUAUGUACUGUAUUUCAAAAGAACCACCAAAAAAAACACAUUCACUCCCAUGUACGCAGUGUCCCUGAACACACCUCCCAUUCUCACGCAACUGUGCCACAAGGUUAUAAGCUUAGAAUAUAUGAAAUAAUGCAAAACAAAUCAAAUACAAUAGUGUUGUGUUGAACAGUACUAUUUAAUCUGCCAGAAGACUGAAACAAGUUCAUUCUUAUUUUUAUUCUCUGCUUGAGACGGUUUCAAAGUUGGGAACCAUUUUGCAUUAAAAGCAGAGUCCGCCCAUGAUUAGGAUGCUCCCGCAUACUGAAGACACUUAGAGAAGAAAUCCGAGACGGGGGCAUGAUCUCUUUCUCCUGUGAUUCAGAGGUAUAAAGGUAGACCCUUUCCUUUGUCUGCGCUCUCUUGCUUCCUGGCUCUGCUCUCACCUGCCUGACCCCUCUUGGCUCCGGCCGUCCCUUCCCCCUUCUUUUUCUCUCCACUCGGUGCGGUCUUCCCAGCCUUUCCUGGCUUGCCAGGUGACUGAGAAAAACCUCUACUAAACCCGCAAGUUACGCUCUCAACCAAGCGUAACAGCUUGACCCCGCCAGCAAGCCUAACGGCAAGAAAGUUGAGAGCACAACUCUCCGCAUCCACGUGACCACCAGUUUUCAUUUGUGGGCCCUUCCCACCGUCUUCAUCUUUUUUCCCGAGUCUUCAACUGUCUGGUUUACGCCUGACACGACCAAGAAAGAACACCUGUGAGUAAACAUUGCAGCAACUACCAGAAUAAUCACAAAUUGGUGCAUAGUAGCUGGGGUUCGUUUAACAACCUUACGAGUCCCAACUUUAUUCUCUCUCAACACGCACACUUAUCUCGCGAGUUCAGCUAUUCACUCUAUAUUCUGCUGUGUUAUGUAUUCUUGUCUUUUAUUAUGUAGUUAACUUAUGUUUUUGUCCCCAUUUUCCCUAUAGUUUCACAAUAAUUGUUCCACAUAUCUAGCAUUCUAUUGUGUACUGUGUUUGAGUCAAAGAUAUUGACCUGCAACCAAGAACUAAUUUUACAUAACUGUGGCAACCCUUUUAGAAAGAGAUUGAUCCACGAGGUUUUUCGUCAUUUUGCCCUGCUGUUAGCUAAUCAACGACAUGGUGCCCCAUUUAGAUGCUAACUAAACAUCCUUGGUUACCACUUCAUCCCGUUUCAAUUGAAACGCACCCUGGGGAGCGAAGGAGCAGGCAAACAUUAUCCUCCGACCCCUUAACAAAUUAGUUACCUUUUUUUUUUUUUUUAACACCAAUAUACGCAACAGAUUGGUGCCCCAUGUGAGGCUAUUACAAGUCAUACUUUGACUCAGACACACAGAAUUCAGAAUAUUUUCAAUCAACUUUAUGCAGCAUGUUCGCCAUCGUGGUGCGGUGCAGUUCCGUCCCGGUAGCUUGUGUAUGAGCGUCUGGCGUUACCAUAGCAAUGCUAUACGUGACCGAGCCAACGAAACACACAGAGCCCAUUGUUUAGAGCGCAGUGAAUUUUAAAUAAGAGCAGUAAUGAGACAUAUAUCAAAUUUCCCAGUUUAACUUGAGUGAAUUUGCUGAAUUGCGGAGUGUUAUUCGGACUGUGGAAGUGAGUGAAUAACCGGUGUACUCUGUAUUGCAUGUAUUUGAUGGUGGUAGGAUUUCCUACACAGAUUAUUGCUUAAAAGGCCUUCGAGGUUUUCACUGAUGUGCCACAAAUUCUGGGCGAUCAGAAAAAAAAUCCUCAAUCCCCACGUCACUGAUCAGAUUAGCUACCUAAAUCAGUAAAAAAACGAUUGCAGCUAGAGAAUAAAUGUUGCCCCCGCCGCGUAGCAAACAGUUCGGGUAGUUAGUAUGCACAAAAUGUGUUACAAACCGAACACCCUUGUUGACUGUAUUAAGCCGGGCUUCAAGUGCUGAGCUAAAGUGUUAGCUCUUUGCGUGUGAACACGCGCGGCCCCCGUAGGUCGCCAUUCUUCUCUGUGGGUGUAAACCUUUAUGUAUGGUUGUUUUUUUCCGAUUGCUGUUUACACAUUUUAAAGCUUUCUGUUUUUCACUCGUUUUGCGGGAACGUCACCGCUGCAGUUGUACGGUUGAAGUUUUGUGCCUCUGAUUUUCAGUCCGUUUAAGAAUUAUAACAGCCGCAAACAGCAACUCCUGCGAUGCACAUUAUAUUAUUAAGCCAGCGGCACAAACCUUCGGUCACUUACAGCUCCUACACAUACCUAACUUUGCUUUGAAUACUUUAAUAAUUCAACACAAUUAAUUAAGUGACUCACUCAUGAUUGGGGUUUAUUAAUUAAUUGCUGUUUCCGGCCAUUAAUUUUCUUCACUUUUAUAUUUUAAAACAAGGCAAGCAACUCUUGUAUAUCUAAUUUAUUUGGCUCCCUUUUUUUAUUAUUUUACCCCAAAGUUAACACCAUUGUAAUUCAUUACAAACAUUUGAAUUAAUUUACUUACCUAAUCAUAAAUACAAUAUAUUUACCAAAACAAAAUAAAUAUAUUUAUUCGAUUUAGUUAAAGUUUCAAAUUAAUUUAACAAAUUGAAUUGACUUACUAAACAACACUGCAGGGUGUCCAUCGAAAUUGUUUUAAGUCUUCAACGAUUAAAAUAAUUGCAAACACCCAUGCAUUAGUUUUAAUUCGAUCAAUAAGAGUUUCUUUCUCAACAUAUUAACUCCACUACUGUUUUAACUCAUGCCCUCAAUCACAUUUCAGAUCACGUGAUAAACCAUCGCAGCAAAUGCUGUUUAAUUGUUGAACAAUUACCCUGUUUAUCUCCUGCUUCAAUUCCAACCUACGUUAUUUGCUUAACGCUAUUUUAACACAAACACGUGUAUCAGUCAUCAAUUUAAACACACAAGUCUAAACAAGCUUACAACACUAACAGCCCAGUUGCAUAUACCUAACAGGUAUUGCACUCCUGUCAUAAUCAUGGCCAAACUGUCAGAAAGCCCAAGCCAAUAUGAUAACUUUGACACAAUAAAACAGCUCUUAAGCAACCUGACAAAGGACAUCAUCCGGGCAAGAGCGGACUAGCAUAUGGGGAGACCGGUGAUAUCCCCGGUGGGCCGGCCUGCCACAGGACAAAGAAGCAAAUGAAAUAGGAAGGCGGAGAAAAAAAGAGGGUGCACACAGCUGCCCAGUCACUAGAGUAAGAAAAAAACAUUUCCGCGACUUGAAAGCAGACACACGAUGGGUUUCAUCGUGGUCUCUAAACCAAUCAGAGGUAGUAAAGAGCGGGGACCCACCGUCUGAUUGGCCGUGUGUGUGUCCCUGUGCGCGUGCGCAUUAAAUACGGGCGCUAGCGUACACAAAGCUAACUUUUCUGACGGCAAGCCAGCCGCUGCAGUUUGAUAAAAUUGAGCGGCAUAAAUGGAAUUAGUUCCAAAGCCUAAUGCCACUUCGACGAUGUAGGAACAUUCUGGAUUCAAGCCAGAUGGCCAUCCCACUAACCCCAACGAGCUGGUAUGUCAAAUUUGUACGAAGUCGCAACAAAGACAACACAAAACAAAAUCCAUUUUAAACACAACAUCCCACCCAAUUUCUUCAGGUGGGAGCAAAAAAACACGGUGGGACAGCUCGUUUCCCGUCAGCUUGUAAUUAUGAAACCCUUUGCCCAACAGUGCAAAUACAAAUGUGAAUAUGGUGCACGUAUGCUCACAUUAUGUACAGUAUAGCGUUACACUUGUAAAGAGAUGUAGCUAUUGAACCUGUUGACAAAGCAGCAUUUAAAGAAAAGCUGCAGACUUUUAAAAAGUCGUACAAAUCUUGAAGCAAAAGUGGUUGCUUUGAUCAACUUGUGUUAUUAAUGUUGCUACUUGGCACUUUUUCUUAAUCUUGAUUGGCAGUACAUUGCCUGUUAAGCUAUUAAUUACUGUUUAUAACACUGUGCCACUAUUUCAUUUUUGUAGAAGUGCAAUUUUGGGGAACAGAGGCUGAGUCUGUUUAUUUUUAUUUUUUAAUCUAAGAUGUUUUAUUGAUACAAUACAACGUCAAUGUUCAUUAUUAUUUGAAUUAGAAUUCAAAGUGAACUGUUCUUAAAAAAGAUAUAUUUAAAUUAUUAUACUCUAAUUAUAUCAGUGGCAUAAAAAAACAUUGAUACUAUCGUUUGUCGUGAUAGGUUUUGGGAAAAUAUAUUGUCCUAAAAAAUUUGCUAUCAUGACAGACCUAAACGCAUACUGAGAGAGAACUAGAGCAAUGGAUAACACAGAAAUAUUGUACAAACAGUAUAAAAAUUAGAGUAACACCGUAAUGAAAAACAAGAACCGUGAUAUAGCGUAGGAUUACUGUAUCUGUAUUCCGUGAUGAUAAAUUGCAGGACUCAUUGUUUCCAUGACAUGUGCAUCCUGGGACUCAGAUUAUCUCCAGGGUAAAAUGAUCUAUGGUCUUCACUCUGUUCCUUUUGUUAGUUACAUUUUUUUUUUAACACCAAUGUACGCUACAGUAUGAACUCGUUCAGUUACAACACUGAGAGUAAACCUACACACACCGGCCAAUACUUAUUUUUUUGCCUCACAACACCCACUGGAACAUAAACUGGGCGUUAUCAGAACCCUACAACACAGAGCUAAUAGAUCUUCCGAACAGCCCACAGGCCAAAGAGAAAAGAGCAUUGACACCUGAGGGGAGGCCCUCAAAACCUGUGGUCACCCCAGGAGGCCAUUUGUGAAAAGUACAUCUAAUUCCAGAUGGACCUCUUCUGACGUAGUAGAGGACAAGGUAGUAGCUUCUGUUUACCUUAUGGUCCUGUCCACCAUUGUGAGGAGUUUGGUUACACCAUGGUAGGAGGAAUGGGGGCACAGAUCCACAUUCUCGUGGUUGAAAUGCCUUUCUGGUACCACAAAUGGCACUAACAGAGAGACUAACAUGUUAACUUGGCACACGACGCAGUAACCCACCCAGGCCCAGACGUCCCUUUGUAAGCCAGUCCAGAUGAACUUGGCCCCCAGCUUUUGUAGAGGCUUUAACACCUGUGUGAGAGGCCAAGGACAAUGUAAAAAAUCUAGCACCUCCAGCUCACAGGCACCAUUGGGCAUGGUUGGCACAUAAAGGUGUCACACUAUAAUGUAGCAUUAGCAGUGUCAAACGCCACGUCUUGCACCUGCAGUUGGUGCUGAAAGUUGGAGUCUACAGCUUGUUCCACUGCCAUACCUGCAUCGUCUAGGCCCAAGUAAACGGAUCGAACCACCACUAAGGAGAUAGUCAUCAAUGCAGUUGUCCUUGCCAACUCCAUGUUGGUUGUCAAUAGUAUUUUCUGAUAUGGGAGAAAGCAGAUGCAACCAUCGACCGGACCAUACCGCAGAGACUUUAGCCAUGGCGAACGUCAAUGGCUUAUGGUCAACAAAAGCUGUGAAUCUCUGGCCCUCCAACAGGAACCAUAAGUGUCAACUAGCGAGGGAAAGACCAAAUAGCUCCCUGUCCAAGGUACUGUUAUUUAAUUUGUUGUUGUGGGGCUUCCAAAAAGCUCCCUGUCAAAGGUGCCUACUACUUUCUUUUGUUGUCUUGGAGCUUCUUGCCGGAAAAAUACAUUGUCCUAGCUUAAAAAGUUGACCCUGCUACGUUUUUUUCGUUAGUUUUUUGGGCGUGCGGAGGGUGGGGGACAGGUGAGCGCCAAAUGAGCAGUAAUGGCUACAUUUGAUGCGCGGUCAUAAUUUGCGGUAUAGAGGUAGCUGUUAAAUUAUUUACAAUAGCAACACAAAUAGGAUUCGGCAUCCAGAAUCGAGACCCGAAUUAGAACCAGGACUAACAUUCCACUUCUCCCGCGAUCGUUCAAAUUUUUAAAAAAUUGGUUCUCAGUUGGUGGCACGGUGGACGACUGGUUAGAGCGUCUGCCUCACAGUUCUGAGGAGUGGGGUUCAAUCCCCGGCCCCCCCUGUGUAGAGUUUGCAUGUUCUCCCCGUGCCUGUGUGGGUUUUCUCCGGGCACUCCGGUUUCCUCCCACAUCCCAAAAACAUGCAUGGUAGGUUAAUUGACGACUCUAAAUUGCCCGUAGGUGUGAAUGUGAGUGCAAAUGUUUUUUUUUUUUUUUAUGUGCCCUGCGAUUGGCUGGCAACCAGUUCAGGUUGACAGCUGGGAUAGGCUCCAGUACGCCCGCGACCCUAGUGAGGAGAAGCGGCUCAGAAAAUGGAUGGAUAUAUAUAAACAUUUCAAUACUAAAACAGUUUUGGAACAAAUCCUGAUCAGGAUCUAAUUUCUGGGUAACGCAUGUGGGCCAUACAACUUUUUUUGUUCUUGCUCUGGGCAAGAACAAAAAAAUAUAGCCUGAGGGAUCGAAGGUCACGAGCAUUCAAUGUUGGUUUUCGGCCUUGCCGCUUACAUGCAGUGAUUUCUCCAGAUUCUCUGAACCUUUUGAUAAUAUUAUGGACUGUAGAUGAUGAAAUCCCUAAAUUCCUUCCAAAUUGUACGUUGAGGAACAUUGUCCUUAAACUGUUUGACUUUUUUCUCACACACUUGUUCACAAAGAGGUGAACCUUGCCCCAUCUUUGCUUGUGAAUGACUGAGCAAUUCAGGGAAGCUCCUUUUAUACCCAAUCAUGGCACCCACGUGUUCCCAAUUAGCCUGUUCACCUGUGGGAUGUUCCAAACAGGUGUUUGAUGAGGAUUCCUCAACUUUCUCAGUCUUUUUUGCCACCUGUCUGAGCUUUUUUGGACCGUGUUGCAGCCAUAAAAUUCAAAGUUAAUGAUUAUUUGCUCAAUACUUUAUACUUUAAUAUAUCUGGUAAAUAUAUUCAGUGACCAUACUUCAUUGAAGUUUCAUUUAAGUGACAUUUAUUUUGAACAGCAUCAUUGCAUUGCACACAUUAGCAUGAUAAAUGCCUAAACCCGUAAACAGCAUAUUUGAAGAAUAUGAUAUUGCAACAUUAACAAAAGGUUUAACAUUUUCAUUUGUAAACAUGAAAAUUCAAGUGGUGCAAGUAAGCUCAAUUCUGCAUGUAUUCAUUGCAAAAACUAAAUCUUGCCAAGAAUAUUUCUCGGUCCGUGGAGUUUUUUUUUGUGUGUGUUACAAGCAAAAACCCCAAAAAUUAAAUAAACACCACAGGUUUUCUAUCUUAAGUAUAAACUUGCCUGAAACAAGUGAAAUGAAUCAUGAAAACAGCUUUUUAGAUAGUAAUGAAUCUUAUUUUAAAUGUAAUGAGAACUGUCAAGGAAUGAGAGACUAUACAACAAAUAUUCCCCCCCAGAAAUAAUAUCUGAUUUCAUUUAAAAUAUCACCUAAAAGUUACUGGAUACAUUUCACUUGUUUCAAGCAAAUUUUCACUUGUGACUAACAGUAUUCUGAACAUUAAUAGGUCAAUAUGGUAAAUGCUGCAUACUGUAUGCUGUAGACUGGAACAAAUAUUGAUACAUCAGGUUCAAAUAUUUGUUUAAAUAAACCGAUUAAAAACAAUCA